AUGCGAGGAUGGGUUAGCGCCAAGCCGAAGAAACUUCUCGCACUCUCAUCUCCAUCGUCUAGAUCCUCUGCCUUUUCCCUUCCAGAUUCAAUGAAUUCAGAAGCCAAUGAUAUAACCAACAUCCGCUACAGUUUUGGAUUUCUGUCAGACAUAUACCGGAUGUCUCGCACAGAGGCAAGAAGAAAACGUUUAGAAUUCUGCAAGCCAGAGAUCAAGCUUCAUCCUAAGUCUUCCUUAACCUCCCUACUUCAUUCUGUGUCCAGCCAGGGUGGGAUGCUCAAUGGCGAUGAGACAUCUACCAUGAAAGACCGAAGGAGGUCACCGAACACCUCGAAUAAGCCCAGCAGGUGGGAAUGGAGAACUCGAUGGUUAUCGACAUCUGAUUCUUUAGUGCCGGUGAGGAGAGUUACUCUCAGUAACUAUUCCGGCGGAUGUCAGAACGAAGUAUCGAACCACGUUUUUAUUUCUCACCUUUUUGUCGAGGAAACAAUACAAUCGUUGGAACCGACCUAUCCGGAAUCGAUCAGACUUACAGGCAGAAGUGAUCAGAAGCCUCUUGUCGUAUCGAAUCUAGAGAUAGCUUCAACACUUUGCCCCGCUCCCGCUCCCCGUGCUUCUCGGAAGCUUUUCUUAGAUAGAAACCCUCGUUUGGAAUGCCUCACUACACCUAUGGGAAAAUAA